AUGAUCAUUGCUUUUGGUAUUCUCUCUCUUUCUCUUUCUCUUUCUCUCUUCCCCCCCCCCCCCCAUAAAUUAAUUAAAUUGACGCACUCAACAAAUUCAAUUUUUGUCUGGGGAUGGAAAAAGAUCAAGGAUAAACUUCUUCUUCUUCUUCUACUACUACUUCUUCUUAUUUUAAACCCAUAUCAUUUAAUCAUGUCAAAUACAGAUAUAGAUACUGAUACUGAGUCAUCUUCUUCCUCAUCCUCAUCAAACAAAAUUUGUAGUCUUUGUUUAGGUUCAGAUACUGAUAUCCCUCCAUUUGGUACAAUUGCUGAUGGUAAAGAUUUAAUUUCUCCUUGUUCAACAUGUUCAAUAAUUACUCAUAGGAAAUGUUUAUUAGAUUGGUUUAAUUCUGUUCCUUCUGAUAAAUUACAUAUAAUUCGUGCACAUCGGAAAUCAUCAUCAAGAUUGAUUUCAAGAGAUAAUAGUAAUAAUAAUAAUAAUAAUAAUAUUAACCUUGAAAAUGAUAAUGAGUCUACUAUUGGUGAUUUAGGUGUAGGGACAGGUGCCGUUCCAUUAGAACAAACUACUAAUACUAAUACUACUACUACUACUCGUAUUGAAAUAAAUUUAUCUACUCAAGCAUUACUGGAUUGGUUAAGUACGGUGACUACAGGAGGUGUGAAUUCAAUAGAAAUCAUAGACAAUAAUAAUGAGAACAAUAGUGAUAAUACUACUAUACCUGGAGGAUUCCCAAUUAGUCGUCGUCCAUCAACAGAGCCAUCAACUACUACGGCUACUGCUACCGCUGCUGGUAAUGACACCACUCAUCAAGAUAAUGAAUAUCUUGUUUAUAUAUUAGCACCAUGUCCUCAAUGUAAACAAGAUAUUAUAUUUUCCAUGACUCGAUCACCAGUAUUAGCUUUACAUUCAUCGAUGAAAACAAUAAUUUCUCGAAUGGUUCAAUAUGGUGGAGUAUUUGUUGGUAUUACUUCGGCAUUAACUGGUAUUUUAUCUAUGGGAUAUAUUGGAUUAACCACUUGUGGAUUAAAAAUGAUGGAUUGUAUAAUUCCAUCACCAAUAUUAGUAAGAAUUUUAUCGAAAAAAUCAUCAACAUCAACUUUACAAACUCAAUCAAGUUAUCAAACUUUAAGUAAAAUAUUAUUUGGUACUAGGAAUGACAAUUCUAAUUCUUAUAUGGUUGAUAAUUUAGAACAAGGAUUAAUUCAAGGAUUAAUUGAUCCAUUUAAAUUUUCUCGAAUUCCAGUAUUACCAAUUGUGAUGUAUCGAGCUCGAUCAUCAUCAAUAUUAAAUUGUUUUAUGGGGAAAGAUAAAUUCAAUUCAAUUUUAACUGAAACUAUGUUAUUAAGUUAUAUAUCAUCAAUUGGUGAUCAUAAAUUAUUAAAAUCAUUAAUUAAAAAUUUUUCUCAACAAUUUAUUAAUUUAUUUAAAACUCCAUGGGAUUUUUCCAAUAUUUCUAAUAUUUUCACUUGGGGAAAAUUAUUUAAAGGAAUUAAUUGGUUUGAUUCAAGAAAUAUUAUAUCAUUAAUUAUUCCUAUAAGAUGGAUUUAUGAUUUAUUUAUUUAUAAAUUAAUUUUUAAUCGACAAUAUUUUAAUUUAAUUAUGGGGAUUAGACCAAGAAUUAUAGUUAAUAAUUUAUCAAGUAAAGAUAUUGAUCUUUUAGAAGAUUUAAAUAAUCAAUUAAAUGAUUUAAAAAAAUUACAUUAUAAAAUAAAUCAAAAUAUAACUAAAAAAAUUGAUAAAAAAUUAAUUAAAUUCAUUAAAAUUAAUCCAUAUAUUAGGAAAAAUAAUAUUAUGAAUAUGUUGAUAAAAUUUAUAUCACCAUUUAUAAAACAUAUUUAUGGGAAAAUUUUAUUUUUUUUAAAAAUUAAAUCAACUUGGUUUAUUUAUUUAAAAUUGAAAAUUCUAAUUCAAUGGAAAUAUACUUUAACUUGUUUAAAAAAUGAUUAUUCCUCAAUAAUAUUAUUAUCAUCAUCAUCAAAUCAAUAUUCUCAUCAAAAUAUAAUUAUAAAAAGUUUAACUACUUUAAUUUGGCCAUUUUUAAGUUCAAAAUUAAAUAAUCUUAUAAUUUAUCCACUUUAUCCAAUUUUAUUCAAUAAUCUUAAUCUUAAUCUUAAAGGAGAGUUAUCUAUAGAAAAGAAAAUUUUAAUUGGAAAUUUAAUUGGAUUAAUUAUGAUUUCAAUAAUUAAAGAAUUAAUUAAUUUAUAUUUAACUAAAUUAAAAGUUCAACAAAUGUCAAAAAUUGAACCAUUAAAUUUACAAGAUAGUCAAAUAUUAAAAGAUGUAACUUCAACUAUUUUCCAUCCUAAUGAUAAUCAUAGUAUUAAUAAUAAUAAUGAAGAAAAUAUAUUUCCCAUUUCUAAUAAUGAAGAUGGUAAUAACAACACUGGUGAUGAUGAUGAUGAUGAUGAUGAAUUGGAUUUGGUGACUGAUGAUAGUGAUGAAUCAUUUACAAUGCAUAGACUUGUUGAAUUAGGUUUAAUUGAUGAAUCAGAUUUUAAUAUCCCUGGUGGAUUCAAUUUUUAA